UAUUUGUGUCAAUGAAUGCCAACAAAACAAACAAUGAAAUAAUAAUAAACUCUUUCGGCUUAUUUAGUUUAACAAUUUUAAUUGUAAUAAUUAAUAGGUGAUUUUAUUUAUUCUGUGAGUAGAUAAUUUAAGGCCUGUUGGUAUGAAGUGAAAUCACAGCUACAAUUGAGUCUGAGGUGACCCUUGAGUUACCCUACCCAAACAUGGGUGGGCAUAAUAAUUGGCCGUACAUCAUGAAUCUAGGAAACAGCAUCAUUGGAGUGGCUGUCCUGGCAAUGCCAUUUUGUUUCCAACAAUGUGGCAUCUUACUUGGCAUGCUUGUGCUACUUUUUUGUACUUGGCUGACUUUAGUCUCAUGCAGGAUGCUUUUAAAAGCAGGUGUCUCUUCAAGACGAAGAUCAUAUGAGUUUUUAGCUUAUCAUACCCAUGGUGCCCCUGGAAAGUUUAUUACAGAAGUUGGCAUGAUUGGGAUGCAAUUUGGAACAUUGAUUGCACAAAUGGUUGUAAUAGGAGACCUUGGACCAAGCAUUGUAGCUACAUUUUUUGGAUUGCAGAAUGUUUCAGGUUUGCGAACAGGCUUAAUAAUUUUACUUUGCCUAACUAUUGGCCUACCCAUGGGUCUACUGAAAGAUUUAAGGGCUGUGAGUAGAGCCAGCACUGUAUGCAUUCUAUGCUAUUCUGUUUAUGUUGUUUAUGUGUUGUGUUUAUCAAUGCCCAGUUUAUGGAAAGGGGAUUGGAUCUCACAUGUAUAUUUUUGGCGGACACAAGGUUUAUUUAGAUGCCUUCCUAUUUUUUCCUUCUCAUUUGGUUGUCAAACUCAACUAUUUAUUUUGUAUGAUGCACUGCCUGAGCCGUCCCUAAAGACCAUAACCUCAGUAACAACUAGUGCUGUAAAUUUAUGUGCUGUUGUAUAUCUUUUGGUUGGAUUUCUAGGUUAUAUCACAUUUUACUCUCAAGAUAUUCCUGGAGAUAUUAUAAAUAUUUUCCCAAGAACAUUCUUCACAGACAUUACCAAGCUUGCAUUUGUGGGUUCAACUGUUAUAACGUUCCCUGUCAUCAUCUUUCCAUGCCGUGCCAGUAUUUACACCUUAUUAUUUGCUAAGGAUACUGAAACAACUGGGACAAAUCAAAAUGAAAGUUGUGAUCAGUUCAGCCAUGAUAAAUCCAAACACCAUGAUGAUGUUAUGAGUUCCACAUCCAUGAUGCCAGAGAAUCUAUUUAAAAUCAUAACAGUUUGUCUUGUGGUUGUGUCUAUGGCAGUGGCUAUAUUAAUACCCAAUGUUGAAUUCAUACUUGGAAUAAAUGGAGCUGUUAUGGGAACUCUGAUCUGCUAUAUCUUCCCAGCCAUGUUUUUUCUCAAAGUUUUGGGCAGCAAACCAGAAGAAAGAAGUAAAGCUCAGUUGGUCUUGGUGUUUGGAGUGACAAUAUUGCUUGUGAGCACUGUUGCUACCUUAAGUUCACAUAAAGCUGGGGGUCAUGUGGUGGAGCCACUCAAGCCUCCAGAUGUGAUGGAAGUGAAGCCACUUGACUUGCCUGUAAAACCAGUUGACGUGGCUGUAAAACCAGUUGACUUGGAAGUAAAGCCAGCGGAUGUGGAAAUAAAGCCGGUGGAUUCUGAAGUUGUCAUGACAACAAAAAUCAUUGAACCUGCUCAUAUCGAUAAACGACAAGAGCCACCAAAUCCAGAUCCACCUGAUAAGGAACCUGUGAAUAAAGAUGUAAAGAAAGCAGCUGAAGUUGAUAAAAAUAUUUUAGAGAAUGAAAUAAAAGCACCCCUUGAAGAAAAGAUACAAAAUUUAGAAGACAAGGGCAGUGAUAGCAAAGCCAAGGAGCUUGAGAAAGAGAGAAAACAAGAAGAUUUACUGGCCAAGUUGGAGCUACAAAGGCAGGAACAGGAGAAACUUAUUGAGGAGCAGAAAGAGCUCCUUAAGCAGUUUAAAGAACAUCAUGUACAAGAUAUGCUAAAUUCACAAGGUCAUCAAAAUGCUGGUCAACAAAAUAAUCAGCCACCAAUACAGGACCAUCAGCCCCAACUUAAUCAGAAACCAGUUUUAAAUGUAGACCAACCUCAAGAAAUAAUUCAGCCAAGGUUAUUACAAGACAACCAAAGUAAUAAUCAACAGUUGCCUGUUCAACAGCCUUUAGAAAAUCAACAACAGAAUCAUGUCUCAGUGGCACAAAAAAUAGAACCAGGUGUGCCAAAGCAAAACAUGCUAGAAGCUCAACAGAUACCUGACAUCAGCCAUACUGGGCCCCAAGUGAUUAAAGAUACAGAUCUUCAUCCUGCUAAUGAAGUAAGGACCAGUGCUCCGGAUAUGGAUGGAAAAUUAAACCAGCCAGCGCCAGAAGUUCAGCAACAGGACAUUGCUAAACAGGCAGACAUACCUGAAGAUGAUUCACUUAGGCUGAAGAGAAAUGCUGUAAAUGCACCACCAACUCCUAACAUGGUACUUCAAAACAAUGAGGCUGAUAUUAGGCAAGCUAUAAAAAAUGAUCUGAUUAAUGUUGAGUCAGCAGACAGCAAUGUAAAAGUAGGAAACAGUAUCAGCAAGGUUUAAAAUCUUUUGAAUAUCACUAUUUUGAUUAAUUGGUGCUUACAUUUUUUACAUGACAUAACUCUUCACUUGCUCAAUGCAAUGUUUCUGUACAUUUCUAAAGUGCCUGUCGUUGACCUGGCUGUUUUCAAGUUUGUGAUAACUUCAAUGUUUAUUUUAUAUCAAUGGAGUAUAAACUACCUAUAAAUAUUAAAAUGUAGUCUAACAAGAUGAGUAUUGAGCCUUGAAACAUAGUUUAGAUCUUUGAGCACAGGUAACUGAUAUUUGUUAUAUGAAUCCACUGUUCAUUUUGUUUCAUAAUGUACUUUACUGCAAGUAUUCCAUUUUAAAAAUUCCUGCUUUCAUUUGCAAUUGCAUGGCACAUUAUUUUUGUGUCACCCCAGAAAUUAAAUAUCUUGAGGUUGGUUUUUUUUCUACUCAUACAUAAUGAGAGGGUUGUAAUGUUAUUUUGUUAUGGUAUUUAAAAAUAAUCUAUUUAUAUGCAUAUACACUCAUGUACAGUGGAAACUAGCAGUACGUUUUAAUGGCAUUGGCAGUUUGUUGAGAGGGACCAGCUCACUAUUGAGGACAUGAUGAUGAACUAAAAACAUGAUUUUUUUUUGUAAUUUUUAUCUUCUGAGUGGCUGAUGAGAAAGAAAAAAUAAAAAUAACUAAAGCAAAAAUAAAAAUUCAGAACUUGUAACUUUUAAGAAUUAACACGAUAAAUUUGGCCAAUACAGAGACGAAAGAAUUUUUUGGCUUUAAUGCUGCAUUUGUUUUGAUUUACCAACUUGACAUUAUAAGUUUUUUUUAAAUAUAACAGUCCUUGCUUGGCUAUAUAGAAACUGUUACGUAAAUUCCAUUUCUCUGAGUUACAUUAGUUCACUGACACAUCAUGCUUUUCUAUAAUUAAUACUUUGAAUCUCCGCAAGACAUAAUUAAGCCAUAUUUUUUUUACAUUUACCAUGUACAACAAUGAGGAAAAACAAAUUCAUUUGGUGAUUUUAAAUGUUUAGUUUUGGAAAGUAUUAAAAACCUAAAUUUUGUCCAACAUGUAGAAAAUUCACACAAAACAGUUUUAUUAAUUUUUUAACACACAAGUGAAGCAUUUUCUUCUGUGGUCAAAAUUUUAGUGGUGAAUAUUAAAAAUUGUACCACUAGUAAUUGCUAUUUGUUGUUAUCUAAUUAAAGGAUUACCACUGUGCUAAAUUUCGAGGAAUUUAAUAUAGAAUUCUCCUGUAUAUUUAAUUUUUGUUAUAAAUUAAGACUUUACAGAUAAUGUAAAUGUCAGCAUUUCAGAAAAUAAUUUCGGGCAUUAAUUUAAAAUAGAGAAAAAAAAAGAACAUGUUAACUAAAUCUAAUACACUUAGUACUAUAUUUCUUAUUCUCAACCAAGUUAUAUAUUAUAAGCAAAUAUGGUUUAUUUUCCACAGUAUUUGUGCCAAAAUGUUUUGUACUAAUAAAAUUAUUUAGAAUUAUUUUAGUUAGUAUUAUAAUGAUUACAAUCUAAAUUUGGUUGUAUUUUUAGGGUGCAAGAAUGCAAAUUAUCAGUGCCCAGUUUUCUUGAAUUUAAAAACCUGUUAUACAAAAAUACCACUAAUUACUCAUUUAUUAAAUCAGCAUAUUGUUCUUUCAAUUUAAUGACUAUUGUUUUGUUAAAAUAACUGUUUAGGUCGAUCACUGCAGCCUCCUCAAUAAAACCUUGAAAUAUUAGUAUUAAAAAUAAUGGUUUAUUUGGAUGUAUGUAUAACGAAUACAUGUUUUAAAGUAACAUAUUUGAAUCUUUGCCUUAACAUGACUAAUACAGAGAUUUAUUAAAAUA